GCUCCGGGCCUCGCAGCCACAGCCCCGGGCCCAGCGGGCCUGUCCGCGGCGCCGCCUGGCCGAGCCGCCCGCCCGCUCCGGGUCCUGUGCGGGCCGGAGGACGCAAAGAUCCCCGCUUCCUGAGUUCAGAAGUUCCUGUUGCUUCAGACAAUGGAUGAGCAAUCACAAGGAAUGCAAGGGCCACCUGUUCCUCAGUUCCAGCCACAGAAGGCCUUACGACCGGAUAUGGGCUAUAAUACGUUAGCCAACUUUCGAAUAGAGAAGAAAAUUGGUCGCGGGCAAUUUAGCGAAGUUUAUAGGGCUGCCUGUCUCUUGGAUGGAGUACCAGUAGCUUUAAAAAAAGUACAGAUAUUUGAUUUAAUGGAUGCCAAAGCACGUGCUGAUUGUAUCAAAGAAAUAGAUCUCCUUAAGCAACUCAACCAUCCAAAUGUAAUUAAAUAUUAUGCAUCAUUCAUUGAAGAUAAUGAACUGAACAUAGUUUUGGAAUUAGCUGAUGCUGGUGAUCUAUCCAGAAUGAUAAAGCAUUUUAAGAAACAAAAGAGGCUAAUUCCUGAAAGAACUGUUUGGAAAUACUUUGUGCAGCUGUGCAGUGCGUUGGAGCACAUGCACUCUCGACGAGUCAUGCACCGGGAUAUUAAACCAGCUAAUGUGUUCAUUACAGCCACUGGUGUGGUCAAGCUUGGAGAUCUCGGGCUUGGCCGUUUUUUCAGCUCCAAAACCACAGCUGCACAUUCUUUAGUGGGUACACCUUAUUACAUGUCUCCAGAGAGAAUACACGAAAAUGGGUACAACUUCAAGUCUGACAUCUGGUCCCUUGGCUGUCUACUGUAUGAGAUGGCAGCCUUACAGAGUCCUUUCUAUGGCGACAAGAUGAACCUGUACUCGCUGUGUAAGAAGAUAGAGCAGUGUGACUACCCGCCUCUCCCUUCAGACCACUAUUCAGAGGAACUGCGACAGCUGGUGAACAUGUGCAUCAACCCAGACCCGGAGAAGCGGCCGGACAUCACCUACGUGUACGACGUGGCCAAGCGGAUGCACGCCUGCACCGCCAGCGCCUGAGCGCGGCCGGCGGAGCGCACAGCCGACGUGCACUCCAGUGUUCUUGAGCAAAGCGCACCUCCCCCUCCUGGGUGUUAAGAGUCCUACUUCAGAGCUAACGUGCUUUGAAUCCUUAACCAGUUUUCAUCUAAGCUUCAUUUUGUACCAAUUUAAGUCACCUUCUUGCAAGCCCCAAUGACUUUGGAAUAGUCAGAUUGCAUGUUAGGAGAGCAGACAACACAGUGGUUCUUAAUGCCUAAGAAUUUUUAGAAUGAUUUCAAGUUUUGUGCUCACCAGUCGUGUUCAGAUAGACUCUCAGUGCCAAACACCGGUGACUUGGCUUGGCCCCAUCGGGACAGACACACAAGCCCGAGGACGGUAUCUGAGCACAUGACUUGUGUGCUUUCCGGUCAUGUGUGGACAUCUGAGAUGAACACAGUUGUGAACUUUUGUGACUCUUUUAUUUUCAGAAGUUUGAAGUAUGUGUUUUAGUUCUUAGCAUUGUAGCUUUCAAAUAGAAUUCUUAAAGCUGAAUAUACACAUGAACUAUAUUUUCAUUCAUGAACUAUUUGAGAAAUUUAAAAUCCUUAGCUUAUACAUUCAAAAUGCAACUAUUAAAUGUGAAAAGAUUUGGGGACAAAAUGUGAGUCAGACACUGAAGAGUUUUUUGCUUUAUUUUAGUAUCUUUGAUAUUCUCCUUGCAUUAAAAUGGUAUAAAUGAAUCCAUUUAAAAAGUGGUUAAGGAUUUGUUUGGCUGGUGUGAUAGUAAUUUUCAAAGUUGCACAUUGCCCAAGGCUUUUUUGUGUGUUCUUGCUGUUGUUUGUACAUUUGAAGACUAUUAUUUGAAUAAUCCUGCAGUACUAUAUUUCAGUUCCUUUAUGAAUUUAAAUGCUCUACUCAUGAUCGUGCACUAUAGUAUAUAAGCAUAUGUUUUUAUUCAUAGAUUUUAUUGAAAUUCUGAUUGGUCCCCUUAUAAAAGUUUUUUUAUAUUCUUCAAGUUACUUUCCUAUUUAUAUUGUACAUGAGUUUUAUCCACUAAUGUUUCAGAUGUUCUAACAACAUUAUAGCCUUAAAAGAAUAUUUGGUAUGCCAACACUUCUCCUGGAAGGAAAACAUUUUUAACUUUUUAAAAUUUGGGCUGCCCCGUGUGUUCACGCGUUGUCUUGUUAGAAAGGAAGAGGGGUGUGUGUUGUCCUGUUCCUGUGAAUGUUGAUGCCGUUGCAGUUCAUCUGACAAGAUUGCAAUUUUAGAAUAUGUUUAACCAAGUGAACUAGCCACUCCUGCAGCCGGAAGUUUCAUGAGCUAAACAUUUCUGUUGAGAAGCUUCUCACCAAGUACUGUAUUCAUGCCCGAAGUCGCCCGAGGCAGUGUAGUUCCCGGGAGCGGGCAGAGUUCAGCACGUGCCGUCAUGGAGACGUUUGCCCCGGACGCUGCAACACGGCCACGUGGCCGCCACCAGCUAAGGACCCCGUGCCACCACGGACUCUGCCCAGUAACCCUGCCCACGGGACCCCUCAUGCUCAGAGAGCGCCUGCCCUCAUCCCAUAGAACUGCUGGUUUUGUUUUUUCCAUAGAAGUAUUUUUCUUAAAGUCAUUUGAAUACUUUCAUUUGUAAACAUUUAAAAUGUACAAAGCAAAGUGUCUACUCCUUGUUUUUCUAAAUUUAAUCAGCUAUGGUGUCAGUUGUGAAUUAGGGUGAUUUAUCCCAGGCCAGGCAGGGGAGAGCUGGUGGCUCUGCAUCCCGGACUGCAGGGACACCUGGGCCCCCGGCACCCCCACACGCGUCUCCAGCGUAGAACUGUCUCUGUUGACCUUAGUGUUGUGUUCAUUUUAAUGUAAUAUGACUCAUGGAGAUGAGAUGUCCUCUAUUUGAAACAAAUAUGCUCGUUUUUCUUGCAAUCUUUAAAAAUACAUCCAUCUAAAAGCCAUUAGCUGGACCCCCUCACAGGACUUCUAAGCAGAUUUAAACUUUUAAGUGAACCUAUCUGCUAGAAGGAAAUUGGGAAGAUUUUAAUGAUCAGGGGAAUCCAUUAUUGUUUUCUACAUGUGGAAACUUUCUGUCUUGGAUAUUUUAUCUUUUUUUUUUUAAUCUCAGUGUUCAUAUUUUUCUGGAAGAAACCACUGUGCACAAAACAAACUUUAAUUCUGAAUGGGAUCAUUUCAAAGAAUUAUGAAGAUGAUUAGAAGUUUUAAUUUUUUAUAAUCACCUAUAAAAUGUUCUCUUUGUAUUUCUGUUUAUAAGUAAAUUUUGUAUUGAUUAAAUAAAACAUGUGAUUUGAUAUGAGGAACAGUAAAAUGAAAGGUACAUCUGAUUUCUAGCCCUUAUUUAGACUUUGGUACCAGUUCCCCAGGGCACAAGGUGGGAUGACCUUGGCUCAUGCGCCAAGGCCCAGGAAUGGUGAGCUGAGGGUGUCCCGGUAUACAUAAAGUGCUCAGCAGCGGGCCCUGGUGUGAGUUCAGUGAGAUAUGACGGCCCCUUCAUGACUGCUUACCGUCCUACACAGUAUCCAUUACAAAACACCGUUCUGGUAUCCGUAUACACUUCAGGUGUUGCUGUUAACAUUUGCAUAUUUAUUUUAACCAAAUGUUACUCAUAUUAAAUGUUUUUUCUUUAAAAUGAAUGUAUUAUGUUUAUAUCCCACCAAUGAAUAAUUAUCUUAUGCCUCAUAUUUCAAUAGUACUGUAAUAUGGACUUUUGUGAAAUACUUUUAUUUUGUUAUGCUUCAAAUACACAUAUUAAAGACUCUGUUGUUAGCUUUGAAAAUUGUAUAAUAUCCUAAUAUAAAUAAAAAUAUAAAAUUAAAAAUAA